CAGCAUUACCUUAACGUUAUUAUCAUUCGUCAUCCAUCAUCCACCAUUCACCAUCCACCAUUUACCACAAAGUUGCCAAAACACCAUUCUAUAUACGUCUUAGACUAGUUAGACUAAUAAACUAGGGUCGUCGCAAAGAUGAGGUAGUAAUUUAAUUACUUACCUAACCAACCGCAGCAUAUACAUACGGAACACCUAGAAACAUGGCUUCGGCAGCGGCAUCUUCUCCGUCCCCGUCCGCCAUCCCACAGACCCUCUGGGAUCUGCAGGUUCCAGUCCUCGUGACCCAUGCGAGCGCGCCUAAUGCGCCCUUUGUCGCAUCGGUGCCGCGCUUCAGUUACCUAGCCCUGCUGCUGCCGCGCCUGUCCGCUUACUUCGGCUUGCCGUGCUCCAGCUUCCAUUACGAGGACGUACUGCUGCGCAAUCUUGCCGUCGGUUUGCUCGUCGACCUGUACCAGCCCACCUUGCCAUGGCGUCUCACCGUUGCCGAUGGCCUAAGUUGGGAUAUCGGUGAUACUUUUCUAAAUAGCGCCAAAGAGGCCGACUUUAUACGAAACGGCAAUGCGCACCAGAUCAUGUCGCUAUCCAAAGAGCAUACCACCGCCCUAUGGAACGCGGUGCAAGAUAAUGACUACGCCUCCUUCGCCAAAGUCAACGCGCGCCUCCUCAACACCUCGCGCGGCCUGCGUAACGUGCCUAUCCGCGUGUACAUCCCGCACUCCCCCGACGACCCGGCCGCCGACAGCCAAGCCGGGUCGUUCAAGGUCGUGCAAUCGCUCGUGCAGCCGCGCGUCAGCGAGCGCCAUCCCCAGACCCUCGGCGCUGCUCUCCGCAGCCUACUACCCAGCCUGUUCCCCAGCAGCCGGGACCCCGUGCUCGCGGACGCGGUCCUACACGGCGUUCGCGUGCCCUUUGGGGCUCCGCUUGAGGAGCUCAUGCGCGAGGCGGCGUAUCCGGAUGGAUGGCUGUGCCUCGUCGUCAAGCCGUUAGACGUGUAGUGACUUUUCCUAAUGAACUAACUAUCUAGGUAGAUAGGGCCCUUAAUAUAGCGUAUGCGUACGUGCUUUUUCGGUCAUAGGGAGGUUUAGACGGUUUGCUAUGUAAGGGGUAGGGCGCAACGGGUUGGAGGAACAUUGCUACGAUACCUUAGGUAUUUAGAAGCGCGGGGACGAGUUAUGUAGUACGAGCGGCACGGCUACGUUCCUGAGCAAGGCUAUAUAGCAUGGCGUUAUGCUGAUCGGCUUGUUCCUACUUAGAAUGUACUUUCAUCGUGAUAUUACUUAUUAAGGAUAUCUAUCUUCA